CACCUGUGAGUUCUGUCCAGGGUACCCACGCAGCGCCAGCAGCCGGAGCCGCAGUCGCAGCCCCGGAGCAGCGCCCGGAGCGCGGCCAGAGCGUCGUAGGCUCGCGAUCGCUAUGGCGGAGUUCCCGUCGAAAGUGAGCACGAGGACCAGCAGCCCCGCGCAGGGCGUGGGAGCCUCUGUGUCUGCGCUGCGACCGGAUCUGGGCUUCGUGCGCUCCGCUCUUGGGGUGCUCGCGCUUCUGCAGCUGGUGUUGGGGCUGCUGGUGUGGGCCCUGAUUGCUGACACCCCAUACCAUCUGUAUCCUGCCUAUGGCUGGGUCAUGUUUGUCGCUGUCUUCCUCUGGCUGGUGACAAUUGUCUUCUUCAUCAUCUACCUGUUUCAACUGCACAUGAAGUUGUACAUGGUGCCCUGGCCGUUGGUGUUACUGAUCUUUUUUGUCGCUGCCACGGUUCUCUACAUUACUGCCUUUAUCGCCUGUGCAGCAGCGGUCGAUCUGACAUCCCUGAGGGGCUCCCGGCCAUAUAACCAGCGCUCAGCUGCCUCUUUCUUUGCUUGUCUGGUGAUGAUUGCCUACGGAGUGAGCGCUUUCUUCAGCUUCCAGGCCUGGCGAGGAGUGGGUAGCAACGCGGCCACGAGUCAGAUGGCUGGGGGCUACUCCUAAGCCAGCUAUGCUGUGGCCUGAGCCAUGGCUGGGUCUUAGCACAGGGUCACCCCCAAAGCUUACUGGACUCAAACUCUCCAGCGCUCCCGAGGAACUGGCCCACACUGGUACAGAUGGGCUGCCAAGAGCCAGGGGUGGGGACACCCUCCCCACCCUCCCUUAUUCAGCAGAAGGUGAUGGGGUUUGGGGAGCUCUGCCUUGUCAUCAGAGAACUUCAGUAACCCAGGCUGGGCCACCCUGUUCACCAGCACUAAAUGCACUAACAGACCCUCAGCCUCUGACCUGCCUCAGUAUAACCCUAACAAAAGACAGAUUAUCUUUGUCCCCAGGCCAAGCAAGCCCCGGGCUCUUCUGGUCCCACGGUGCCCUCCCCUGCCCAUGCCAACCUGUCACCUGUAGAGAGACUUUUCUAGGAAGAGUUGGGAUUUCUGGAACUGGAUGAUUUCAGUUGGUUCCAACAGUUUCCGAUGGCAGCAAGCUCGCUAGGUUCCCUCCCUCAUGUGGAACUCUCCCCUUUGGGAGAGCUAGGGUGCAAGGGUUCUCCCCACCCCCCAGGGUCCCCCCCACCCAGGCUGCUGAUUAGGCACAGGGGACUUCCAAGGAGGGACAGAAGGAAGUAGGGCCUCGCCUGGUGAGCUGUCAUGGGGUUAAUGGUGACUCUUGUUUGGAAUUAUUAUUUUUUACAAUUUAAAUAAAAAUGGAAGCAUCUGUUUGGAAA